AUGUUACUACUAGAUGAAGAUAUCAUGCAGCGCUCUUCAGGAGAAAACCUCAUUACCCUUAAUGUACAUCCAGGACUUCACAGUACAGAUCUGUCAUAUAAUCCUCCUAAUUAUGAGGAACCUUCUCCUGACCAAUCACAGAUUGUUACCGCAAGUACAAAUCAGGAAAGGAUUAAAAGGUUUCAUUGUGGUAAAGAAUCCACAAACAGCUCAGGACUUUCUACUCACCGAAGACGUCACAAAGGAGAGAAAAUGUAUUCAUGUUCAGAAUGUGGGAAAUGUUUUACAGAUAAAUCACAUCUUGUUAUACAUGUGAGAACUCACACAGGAGAGAAACCAUAUUCAUGUUCAGAAUGUGGGAACUGUUUCACACAGAAAUCAAAUCUUAUUGCACAUAAGAGAUGUCACACAGGAGAGAAAAUGUAUUUAUGUUCAGAAUGUGGGAAAUGUUUUACAGAGAAAUCAAAACUUGUUAUACAUGUGAGAACUCACACUGGGGAAAAGCCAUAUUCAUGUUCAGAAUGUGGGAAAUAUUUCACACAGAAAGCAGUACUUGUUAGACAUAAGAGAAGUCACACAGGAGAGAAGCCAUAUUCGUGUUCAGAAUGUGGGAAAUGUUUUACACAGAAUUCACAUCUUGUUAAACACCAGAGAUUUCAUACAGGAGAGAAACCAUAUUCAUGUUCAGAAUGUGGGAAAUGUUAUAGACAAACAUCACAUCUUGUUAGACAUAAGAGAAUUCACACAGGAGAGAAACCGUAUUCAUGUUUAGAAUGUGGAAACUGUUUUACAUAUAAAUCAGAUCUUGUUAAACAUCAGAGAUGUCACACAGGAGAGAAAGCAUAUACAUGUUCACAAUGUGGGAAAUGUUUUGCGCAAAAAUCAGAUCUAUUUAAGCAUAAGAGAAGUCACACAGGAGAGAAACCAUAUUCAUGUUCAGAAUUUGGGAACUGUUUCACACAGAAAUCAAAUCUUAUUGCACAUAAGAGAUGUCACACAGGAGAGAAAAUGUAUUUAUGUUCAGAAUGUGGGAAAUGUUUUACAGAGAAAUCAAAACUUGUUAUACAUGUGAGAACUCACACUGGGGAAAAGCCAUAUUCAUGUUCAGAAUGUGGGAAAUAUUUCACACAGAAAUCAGUACUUGAUAGACAUAAGAGAAGUCACACAGGAGAGAAGCCAUAUUCGUGUUCAGAAUGUGGGAAAUGUUUUACACAUAAAUCAAAUCUUGUUAAACACCAGAGAUUUCAUACAGGAGAGAAACCAUAUUCAUGUUCAGAAUGUGGGAAAUGUUUUUCAGAUAAAUCAAAUCUUCUAAAACAUAAGAGGAAUCACACAGGAGAGAAGCCAUAUUCAUGUUCAGAAUGUGGGAAAUGUUUUAGACACAAAUCACAUCUUGUUACACAUAAGAGAAGUCACACAGGAGAGAAGCCAUAUUCGUGUUCAGAAUGUGGGAAAUGUUUUACACAGAAAUCAAAUCUUGUUAAACACCAGAGAUUUCAUACAGGAGAGAAACCGUAUUCAUGUUCAGAAUGUGGGAAAUGUUUUACACAGAAAGCCAAUCUUAUUAAGCAUGAGAUAAUUCACACUGGAGAAAAGCCAUAUUCAUGUUCACAAUGUGGGAAAUGUUUUGCGCAAAAAUCAGAUCUUGUUAGACAUGAGAGAAUUCACACUGGGGAAAAGCUGUAUUCAUGUUCACAAUGUGGGAAAUGUUUUGUGCAAAAAUCAGAUCUUGUUAGACAUGAGCGAAGACACACAGGAGAGAAACCGUAUUCAUGUUCAGAAUGUGGGAAAUGUUUUGCACAAAAAUCACAUCUUGUUAAACAUGAGAUAGUUCACACUGGGGAAAAGCCGUAUUCAUGUUCAGAAUGUGGGAAAUGUUUUACGGAAAAAUCAGGUCUUGUUAAACAUGAAAGACGUCACACAGGAGAGAAGCUGUAUUCGUGUUCAGAAUGUGGAAAAUGUUUUUCAGAUAAAUCAAAUCUUCUAAAACAUAAGAAAAGACACACAGGAGAUAAGUCAUAUUUAUGUUCAGAAUGUGGGAAAUGUUUUAUAUAUGAAUCACAUCUUGUUAGACAUGAGAGAAUUCACACAGGAGAGAAGCCAUAUUCAUGUUCAGAAUGUGGGAAAAUGUUUUCACGAAAAUCAGAUCUUGUUACCCAUGAGAGAGGUCACACAGGAGAGAAACCAUAUUCAUGUUCAGAAUGUGGGAAAUGUUUUACACAAAAAUCUAGUCUUGUUAAACAUCAGAGAUUUCAUACAGGAGAGAAGCCAUAUUCAUGUUCAGAAUGUGGGAAAUGUUUUACACAAAAAUCAAAUCUUCUUACACAUGAGAGACGUCACAAAGGAGAGAAGCUAUUUUCAUGUUCCGAAUGUGGGAAAUGUUUUUUGCAAAAAUCAGAUCUUAAUACACAUGAGAGAAUUCACACAGGAGAGAAGCCAUACUCAUGUUCAGAAUGUGGAAAACAUUUUACCCAGAAAUCAGCUCUUGGUAAACAUCAAAGAAGUCACUCGGGGGAGAAGCCAUAUUCAUGCUCAGAAUGCGGAAAACAUUUUACAUGUAAAGCACAUCUUGUCAUACAUGAGAGAAGUCACACAGGAGAGAAGCCGUAUUCAUGUUCAGAGUGUAGGGAACGCUUUACAGAGAAAUCAAGUCUUGUUAUACAUAAGAGAAGUCACACAGGAGAGAAACCAUAUUCAUGUUCAGAAUGUGGGAAGUGUUUUACAAAUAAAUCAAAUCUUGUUAGACAUAAAAGAAGUCACACAGGAGAGAAGCCAUAUUCAUGCUCAGAAUGUGGAAAAUGGUUUACGCGGAAAUCAUACCUUGUUAAACAUCAGAGAGUGCACACAGGGGAGAGAUCACAUUCUUGUGCAGAAUGUGGGAAAUGGUUUGGACAAAAAUCAGAUCUUGUUAGACAUGAGAGAGAAAAUCCUAGUAAGAAUUCUGAGGGAAACUUCAUUUUGUCACUAAAUUAUAAAGCAGAAGAUGAAGAUAUCAUGCAGCGCUCUUCAGGAGAAAACCUUAAUGUAGAACCAGGACUUCACAGUACAGUUCUGUCAUAUAAUCCCUCUGACCAUGAGGAACCUUCUCCUGAUGAAUCUUGGAUUGUUACCACAACUGUAGGAGAGAAACUAUAUUCAUGUUCAGAAUGUGGCAAUUAUUUUACACAAAAAUUAAAUCUUGUGAAUCAUAAGAGAAGUCACGCCAAAGAGAAACUGUUUUCAUAUUCCAAAUGA